CUGGUCGGAGCAGAGAGCUACUCCUUUCAGGUGCAUGCCUGUAUAAAAACAUCUAGAGCAUGCAUCUGCCUGCAGGGAACUUCCAGUGUCCUCUACUACAGCAGCUCCUUUGCCAUGAUCUCUGCACAGCAGCCACUGCUCUCCAACACAAUUCAAAGAGGCAUGGACUGCCAAACUGAGGAAGAAGAAACAUGUGAAGAGCACUAUGACUCUGAAAACUGCCCUAGCAGCUCCACACAUGCCUCACCAACAGCAGAAUCCAACCCAGAUUCACCAGUAAUUCUUAAAAUACUACAGAACUGGACUCCUAAAGUUUCACACUACUUUGAUAAAGAGCACUAUACAUACGCUGGCCACCAGAUUGUCAUUCAGGAGUCCAUAGAAUACUUUGGAGCUGUGGUAUGGCCGGGGGCACUGGCUUUAUCUCAGUAUCUGGAAUCAAAUCAAGAACAAUUCAACCUCAAAGACAAAAAAGUUUUGGAAAUUGGUGCUGGCACAGGCUUGGUUUCCAUUGUGGCCUGCAUAUUAGGAGCAUAUGUUACAGCUACCGAUUUGCCUGAAGUUCUUGAAAAUCUCUCAUAUAAUAUUUCAAGAAAUACACAAAACAUGAAUAUGCACAAACCUGAAGUAAGAAAACUGGUAUGGGGAGAAGGCCUCAAUGAAGACUUUCCUGUAUCAACUCACCAUUAUGAUUUCUUACUGGCAACUGAUGUUGUAUACCAUCAUGCAGCUUUGGACCCCCUGCUAGCAACAAUGGAGUACUUUUGUAAGCCAGGAACAGUACUACUGUGGGCAAAUAAAUUCAGAUUCAGUACAGACUAUGAAUUUUUGGAAAGACUUUCCAAUAUAUUUAACACAACCAUUCUAGCAGAAUUUCCAGAAUCAAAUGUCAAGCUGCUUAAAGCCACAGUAAGAGAGAAUUAAAGAGGAAGCAAUUACU